UGGACAAAUUUGAUAUUAUUGGUAUUAUUGGUGAGGGAACAUAUGGGCAAGUGUACAAAGCCAAGGAUAAGGAUACAGGUGAAUUGGUAGCUUUGAAAAAAGUAAGGCUGGACAAUGAAAAGGAAGGUUUCCCUAUUACAGCUAUCCGUGAAAUCAAGAUCCUUCGACAGUUGAUUCACCAGAGUGUUGUCAACAUGAAGGAAAUUGUUACAGACAAACAAGAUGCACUGGAUUUCAAGAAAGACAAAGGUGCAUUUUAUCUUGUAUUCGAAUAUAUGGACCAUGACCUCAUGGGAUUGCUAGAAUCUGGGCUGGUGCAUUUCUCAGAGGACCAUAUAAAAUCGUUCAUGAAGCAGUUGAUGGAGGGACUGGACUACUGUCACAAAAAAAACUUUCUUCAUCGCGAUAUCAAAUGUUCCAACAUCUUAUUAAACAACAGUGGGCAGAUCAAGCUGGCAGACUUUGGUCUUGCCCGACUUUACAGUUCAGAAGAAAGCCGUCCAUAUACCAAUAAAGUCAUUACACUAUGGUAUCGACCACCUGAGUUGCUGCUAGGCGAGGAGCGUUACACACCAGCUAUAGAUGUCUGGAGCUGUGGCUGCAUCCUUGGGGAACUGUUCACAAAGAAACCUGUUUUUCAAGCUAAUCUUGAGUUGUCUCAGCUUGAAUUAAUCAGCCGUCUUUGUGGGAGCCCCUGUCCAGCUGUAUGGCCAGAUGUCAUCAAACUCCCCUACUUCAACACCAUGAAACCAAAGAAGCAAUAUCGUAGGCGCCUACGGGAGGAGUUUUCCUUUAUGCCUUCUGCUGCCCUCGACCUGUUAGACAAUAUGCUAACACUGGACCCCAGCAAACGAUAUACAGCAGAGCAAGCAUUGCAGAGUGAUUUCCUGAAGGAUGUUGAUAUCAGCAAGAUGGAUCCGCCAGACCUUCCUCAUUGGCAGGAUUGUCAUGAACUGUGGAGCAAGAAACGUCGUCGGCAACGGCAAAGUGGGAUCAUGGUGGAGGAACUCCCCAUGGCAAAGGUUUCCCAGAAGGACAUAGCCUCUAUAAUAAGCACUGAUGCCAUCAAGAAUCAUAGCAGCCCAGUACCCCAACAGCCUGCUCAGAUCAAAACACAACCUGGUUCUGGACACUCACUUGCAGGUCUUGGUGACAUCACACAGCAGUUGAAUCAGAGUGAGCUUGCUGUCUUAUUGAACUUGUUGCAGAGCCAGACAGACCUAAGUGUUCCACAGAUGGCCCAGCUACUGAACAUCCAUUCAAACCUUGAGAUGCAGCAACAUCUAGAGGCCCUUAACCAAUCAAUCAAUGCACUCAAUCAAUGCACUCAGCAACUGCAGGAUUCUCAGAAAGUGCUUGAAGAGGAAACAGGUGCUGAGGAACCACCCCCACUAGCCGGUCCCUCUGAGGAGCACACCACUCCAGAAGCAGCAAGUACUCAGGGAGACAUGCAAAGCUUCCUGGCAGUUUUGCUGAGCCAAGAGUCUGCAACAAACACAGAGAAUAGCAGUGAGAAAAACAGCGAUCUGUGGGGGCCACAGAAAACCCCCACUUUGCCUCAGGAGGAAACUGCAGGUAAAUAAUUGUGACACCCUCUUGCUCCCAGGACUUAAGAGGGGGAAAUUAUG